UCCGUUGUUGUCGCUUACGUGGAGACAGGAAGUGUCUUCCCUUGGUUUCCGGGUUGGAGUCUCGGUUGUUGUGUGUCUACGAUGGCCCAGGACUCCGCGCUUUCUCUCCGGGUGUCGGAGAUCAGCGACCCGGCGCUUCUCUUUGAGCGCUACAACACCGAGGAGAUCCGCGGGAUCGAGCGCAAAGUGCGCGGGGAGAUCGAGCAGAACCAGACUCCGUGGCAGCUGAAGUUCUACACCACGGCCUCCCAGAUCAAGCUGCUGUUGGAGAUCCCGGAGCGGGUUUGGAGCGCCAUGGAGGCAUCUCACUACCUCCAAGCCACGCAGCUCUACCUGCUGUGCUGCCACCUGCACCACCUGCUGCAGCUGGAGGCCACCGCAGCAGGCCUCUACAGCUCCGUCCUCGUCCGGUUCCCCAUCCUCGUCCGACAGGUUGCCACCACCGAACACUUCAGGGCAGCCAUCCUGCUGGACAGCAGGGCUCUGCUGAGGGGCCGUGCGGUGUCGGACCAGGCCAUCGCUGAAGCCUUGGUGUCCAUCAUGCUGCUUGAAGACAGCUCUCCUCGCCAGGCUCUGGCUGACUUCUUGUUGGCCCGGAAAUCAUCCAUACAUCAGCUGCUGAACCAGCCGCAGCACGGUGCAGGGAUCAAGUCCCAGGUGUGCAGCCUCGUGGAGCUGCUGGUCACCACUCUGUUUCAGGCCUACGCCAUCUUCUACCUGCCCCCAGAGGGCAGCCCCCGGCCAGGGGAGGAGGCUUUGAGCUGUGGCAUGCUCUUCUCUGUCCUGGACAACUGUGUUGUUUCCAGCUGUAAGGACGACAUCUGCCACGGCGUUGGAAGCCUUCUGGUCUACGUCACGAGCCUGAAGGGGCUCGCCGCCAUCAGAGAUGCUGUCUGGGACCUGCUGUCAGCAGACUCCAUCAGUCAGCACUGGAGCGCCGUCUGCCAGCGUCUGCUGGAGCACCCCCUCGCCGUCUGGGAGGACAUCCUGCAGCAGCUUUUCCUCCAGCGGCUGCAGCUGCUAUUGGACCGCUCUGACUCCACUCUGGCCACGGUCCCUUCCUCUGCUGAUAAGCCAUCCUCAUCCUCGUUUAACCGCUUCAUCGACUCCUCAGCGGUGGAGGAGGCGCUGCGCGGCGGCUGUUUGGCCUGUGUUCACCACAUCCUGUCCUUCAUCCGGUCACAGCUGGCUGCGGUCUCGCCAGACUCCAGGCCCGUCUGCCUCAGUGCAGUUCUGUUCAUGGCCAGGCUGUGCCAGUCUAUGGGCAAGCUGUGCCCCAACCUGAAGCAUUGCAUCCUGGGAAAGCAGGGUGGUUUGGACAGCGCCGCCAAAGGGACCCCGAGGCAAGGCAGGAAGCUGGGCAAGCUGACAGAGGUCAGGCCGUCCCAGGACAAGUGGGAGGCGCUGAAGGAGGAGCUUCUUGGCUGCAGUAUGGAGGCCUACCGCAUCUGGAGCGCCGCCCUUUCUAAAGGGCUGUUGGAGAAGUUUGGCGUGGUGCUUCAUGCUGAGUCUGCAGGCACCAUCUUAGCCACAGCAACUAACUGGGAGGAUCUGGAGAUCCAGGAGGAGGCGGAGUCUGGAAGCAGCGUUACGUCCAAAAUCCGUCUUCCAGUACAGCCGACGUGGUUCGUGCAGUCGCUGCUGUUCCAGCUGUGCGUGGAAAUAAACAGGGUGGGAGGCCACGCCCUUCCUCGCUCCACCCUCCAGGAGUUUCUGCAGACCUGUUUGACUGAAGUCCUGCACCAUUACCACAGCCUGACACAGACCAGCAGCACGGUAUGUAUGUCUUACAGAUUCCAUGAAACCUGUGAUUGGCUGGAGAGCUUCAUUGACCCCUUUGACCUGGACGUGUUUACACCUCACCUGAACGCCAGCCUCAACCGCCUGUCUCAAAGGACCUUGGUCCUGCUGGGGCUCCUGACAGGCUCAGAGAAGCAGUUUGCUUUGCGAAGCAGCAGUUUGAACUCCCAGGAUCCUUACAACAUACUGCCGCUAGCCAGCAGCCAGAUCAGGUUCGGGCUGCUGCCUCUCAGCGUCUCACAUGUGCAGAAAUCCAAAGCAGCUUCCAGAAGCUCUGAAGCUCCUCAGCAGCUGGUGGCUCCUCAGUCCUUCGCAGCAGGCAGCGAUGACAGCUUCCGGCCCGGCAGCCUUUUCAGGCAGCUCGCUGAUCAGGAUGAAGACACAGCAGCGACUUCUUUAUUCAAGCUUAACUGGCUCUCUGGGAUGGGCAAAUAAUCAGCUGGCUGCUUUGUUACAGUGACAUGUACAGUAAAUACUCUUGUGUUGACAAAA